CAUACACCCUCCCUUUCUCCCAUUUCCCACUCAAUCAACCAAACCAGCCAUACAUUUCCCUUCCUAAAUCUUCUUCGGUUCUUCAUGGUUCAUACAUCAUCUCCACUGUGCGCUUAAUUUAACAUUAUCUUAUAAUUUCUUAUCAUAUCAUGCUUUGAUUCAACUCAUAUUGGUCCAUUUGUUUUCUCCUUAGUUUCUCAUCCUAUUUUUCAAAACCAUGACUUCUUCCGAAAACUUGCCCGCUCUCACCGCUUCCUGGGCCUUUCGUGAUCCUUGGUUCUCCGAAGUCUCCGCUCACGAGACGGAAACUUUAACCAAAGCCCUCCAAAAGACCUUCUCUACUUCUACUACUAACUUUAACAACAAUAACAACAACUCUGUAUCUGAAGCUUUUGCUUCAGAUUUUAUCUCCCCUUUUGUCAACCCUGAAACUCCCACUGUUUCCAACGUUUCCGGUUCUGACCCGGAAACUUCCCUUCCGAAACGCCAAAGAAACGGCGUCUCCGGGCCCAAUUCUGGGAAGAUUUCGAAGCGGAAGUCACGCGCGUCGAAACGGACUCAAACCACGUUUAUAACGGCGGAUCCGGCGAAUUUCAGGCAGAUGGUGCAGCAGGUGACCGGCGCGAAGUACGGGAACUCUCAAGGGUCGGUGCCUUCGAUACUGAAGCCGGAGCCGCAGAGACUCGGUGGAAGGUUGCCUGGAAUUGGUCAUGGCGGUGGGUGCUUACCCACACUUGAUACGUCGGCCUUUUUGCUGGAUCAUCAUCAGCAGCAGGUGGCGAUGGGCUCGGGCUCUGGGCCUGUAGGUGGGCCGGGUGUUGGGUCCGGCCCAUUUAACUUCCAGACGUCAGUGAUGGGUGACGGUGGGAGUUCUGGGUUUGAUUUUGAUGCUCUCUCGAGCUUCCCAACUCUAGAAUCAUGGAAAGUGAUGUAAUAACGAAAAUGUUUUUUUUUUUUUUUUUAUUUUUAUUUUUUUUUAUUAUGUUUUUAUUUUUGGGGAGGGUAGGCCAGUAAUUUACGUAAUGGAUGUCUGUUUAUAUUUUUGGGGCGGCCUUUUGUUAGGUGGUUUAAUUUAUAUAGUAUAGUUUCUUUAAUUUUGUUUCAAUGGUGUACUGGGUGUAUGGAUUUUAGAAUUAAUGUUA